AGUAUCGCGCAGCAUUUUGUAAUAGUCACGAAAUGUGUUGUCGUAGUUGUGAAUCUUGUGUCCGGGCGCAAACAGAGCGACAGAGACGGGCCGAGGGGAGUUCGCUGAGAGCCUGUGAACCCGCUAUAAUGAACAAGCUGUUCCGCACGACUCGAGAAUAAUCCGCGUGUCAGUGUCAUCAUUCUCAUGUAAAGUAGCUGUGUCUUUGAAGGCGGAUCUCUUGGCAGGUUAGACCGGGACGGAGCCUCCGACCAGCUCAGACGAGCGCUGCCACCAAACCAGACGCACCCGUUGGCCGCCGCUGUGUGACGGGAGGAGCAUAAUCCGGCUUGUUCUGGGACACGUUUAGUUUCAUGUAUUUAUUUUGCAGCUUAGUUGUGUCGGGAUCCCGGCGAGGACACAUCUCUGCGUAAAGGAGCUGCCGCGCAAAGGACUAUUUUUUUUUUUUUUUCUCCAAGUUGUCGCACGGACCUACACAUCGCUUUGCUGCGCAGGGAAAAGUGACAUUAAAAUGCGAGGACUGGUGAGCGGAUCUUCAGGGAACCAGUGAGAGACAAGUCUGAGAGACCCAGCUCUUCUAUUUGAACCCCAGCAGACUGAGUCGUGUGCUGCGGGACACUGAGCAAGUCCCGCUCCAACACUUGCGCUCGGGAAGCAUGGACCUGUGCGCACGAUACUUCCAGCGAGAAAGCGUCCGCGGACCAUCGCGGGAAAUAUGUUCUCAUUAAACUCUCCACGCCUAAAAUGAGAAAGCGAUCUCCCUACAGAUAGUUGUGUAAGUUCUCCCACACUGAUCCACCCGACGCACCGACACCCAGCCUGGAUUCAUCACAGACUUUUCAAUGAGAGAAACGUGUGCUGCGGUAGUGAUGGACGUCCUGUCGUUUUCUUCAUUAAAACAAGACGGGAGGAUGCGUGCAUGUGCCAAACUGAGCCUCGUGUAUGCGCUGCUGGUCCUGUGGAGCAGUGGAGCUUCAGCUAUCAGCUCCAUAGACCCGGACUGGUCAGGAGAGGGGAGAUGUCAACACAUCAACAUCCCCCAGUGUAAAGACAUUGGCUACAAUAUGACUCGCAUGCCAAAUCUCAUGGGCCACGAUGACCAAAAAGAGGCAGCGAUAAAGCUGCAGGAGUUUGCAACACUGAUACAGUUUGGAUGCCACAGUCAUCUCAAAUUUUUCCUGUGCUCGCUGUACGCUCCCAUGUGCACGGAGCAGGUUUCCAACCCCAUCCCAGCGUGUAGAGUUAUGUGUGAGCAGGUGAAGUUAAAAUGCUCGCCCAUCUUAACACAGUUUAAGUUCCCGUGGCCCGACUCUCUGGACUGCUCCCGGCUGCCGACCAAAAAUGACCCAAACAACCUCUGCAUGGAGGCGCCCAACAACGGCUCAGACGAGCCCCCCAAAGUCUCCCACACCCAGCCCCCAGACUACAGGCCACAGCGGCCUCUGGGCGGCCACGACCUGCACCUGAAAGACAGCAGCAGCAAGCGGACGUGCAGCAACCAAGGCAAGUUCCACUUUGUGGAGAAGAGCGAGUCCUGUGCCCCCAAAUGCUACCCCAAAGUGGACGUAUACUGGAGUCAGGGAGACAAGCAGUUCUCUCUGGUGUGGGUUGCCAUCUGGUCUAUCCUCUGCUUUGUCUCCAGUGCCUUCACUGUGCUCACGUUCCUCAUAGACCCUCAGAGAUUCAAAUACCCAGAGAGGCCGAUCAUCUUCCUCUCCAUGUCCUACUGUGUUUACUCUGUGGGCUACCUCAUCCGACUUUUUGUGGGCGCUGACAGAAUAGCCUGUGACAGAGACAAUGGGGUGCAAUAUGUUAUCCAGGAGGGUCUGGAGAGCACCGGCUGCACUAUUGUGUUCCUCAUCCUGUAUUAUUUUGGCAUGGCCAGCUCCCUCUGGUGGGUUAUCCUGACCCUCACAUGGUUCCUGGCUGCGGGGAAGAAGUGGGGUCAUGAGGCCAUCGAGGCCAACAGCAGCUACUUCCACCUGGCGGCGUGGGCCAUCCCGGCUGUGAAGACCAUCAUGAUCCUGGUGAUGAGGAAGGUGGCAGGGGACGAGCUGACAGGCAUCUGCUACGUGGGCAGCAUGGAUGUCAAAGCUCUCACCGGCUUUGUGCUAAUUCCUCUCUCCUGCUAUCUUAUCAUUGGCACUUCUUUCCUGCUGUCGGGCUUUGUUGCCCUUUUCCACAUCCGUAAGAUAAUGAAAACAGAGGGAGAAAACACGGACAAGCUGGAGAAGCUGAUGGUUCGCAUCGGGGUCUUCUCCGUGCUCUACACUGUCCCCGCCACCUGCGUCAUCGCCUGCUACUUCUACGAGAGGCUCAACAUGGACUACUGGCGCAUCCUGGCAGUGGAGCAGAAGUGUGUGGACGGCGGCGGGCCGGAGUCGGCUGAGUGUGUCAUGAAGACUUCCAUCCCCGCCAUCGAGAUCUUCAUGGUGAAGAUCUUCAUGCUGCUGGUGGUGGGCAUCACCAGCGGCAUGUGGAUCUGGACGUCAAAGACACUGCAGUCGUGGCAGAAUGUGUUCAGCAGGAAGCUGAAGAAGAGGACGAGGAGAAAGGCUGCCAGUGUGUUCACCAGCAGCAGGCCUUACAUCAAACCUCACCCAUCUCUCAAAGGGCCCAGCACUAAGUAUGAGCCCACACGGCCUCCUCCAACAUGUGUAUGAGCUGGCUCUCCUUGUAUAUACCCCAAAAAUAUGUGUAAAGCCCUUAUCUAAAUGAGACUUUGUAAUCAGAGUGCCAUCACAAGAAUCAAGGUUCGUGUUUUAUUUAUGCAGACUCUGUUAUAGAUAAUGCAAUGUGGGUUUUGUUUGUAUCUUGAGCCAUCUCAUGCAACAAGAGCUGCCUUUGUUUGAGGAAAAAUCUGCUACUCCUGGAUUCACUUAUCCUAUUGAGGAACUUGGUUGUGGAAAAAAAAAUUGUAUUGUUCCCAAGACAAAAAAGAGUGGAAUAAACCAUUUGGACGGCCACGGGGUAACUUGAAUAAUGUGCAAUAGGUGUUUUCCUUACAGGCAUAACAAAAAAGACACUUGUACUGUUAGUGACAGAUUACAGACAAUGCAAGAACCCCGCAGACAAUGGAGGCAAAUGGUCAGAGAGACACAGCCGAGAGAGUGUUGUGCUUGGAGGCUUUUUAAUUCAAACUGAGGCAGUGUCACACAUGUUUGAACUGAAGUGAGAGCAGCUGCUGACAAGCGCUCGAGACCUUACAAACUCCAUUGUGAGGCAAAUCCACACCAUCAAUUUAUUAAGCACUCAUCACAGAAAAAAGUUAUUUGUACACACUGUUGAGUUUUCAUUGUUUUUUUCUUUGCUGUUUUAUAGCACAAGAGAACGUUUGUAUAUAUUUCUGGAAAAAAAGAGAAAGCAGAGAUUUUAUAGAAAAAUUAAUAAAACGUUCUAGUUUUAAAUGUUUGUAAAGUCGGACUUGUGUAUUGCAACUGUGUUGUUAUUAUCUCUACUGGAUUGUGUCUCCAUCCUCGUCCAGCUGCGUUAAGAUGUUUUAAUUCAGUAACAACCUUUGUCAUUAUAUGCUGACAGUGUGCAGCAGUAAUUCUUGUACAACACACAAAUCCACUUCAGUGAGCUUGAGUUGGGAAUGUACAGGUAUGUUGGAACUGGAUUUAGAAUUAUUCGUCUUUAGAAAGAAUUGAUUUAAACAACAUUGUAUAACCAAAAGUGAGAAAGACAAACAUUUUAAUAUAAAUACUAUGAUAAUAACUGA